AUGGUAAAUAAUGGAGAAUUUGGAGGACCACUUGGAACGCCAUCUGAGCAAAAAAAAGACUACAGAAAGGACGAUAUGGAAGGGCCCAGCACACCAAUAAUUGUAACACAGAAUAUGCAAAACGAUGCAGAUAGUGAUGGAGGAGCACAAUUUCAAGGUUUAGGCUUGGGAAGCUUUGGACAGGAACCACGAGUUGGGGAUUUGAGACUUUUAGCGAGUGCAAACUUCUCGUCGGAAUCUUUACCUGAUGCCAACUUUAGUAGCCAGGUAUAUAGUCCUUUGACUCCAACUAUGAAUACCACAUUUAAUGUGAAUAAUAGCAAUAAUACGCCGAGUUAUGGUAAUAGGAGAUUUUCGUCUUCAUCUUUAUCUAACUCCCCUUCAAUUCAGUAUUCAACCUCACCUACUACGAGAGGUGGAGCUAGUGCAAGGUCGCGACCACAUUCAGCAAUAUUCCUUGCUGAUUCUAACAACUAUGCGAUAGCUGAGGAUGAAGAUGACUCUAGCUCUCCUACGCUUGCAUUUCCAAGAAAUUCUCUCCCGAAUUCAAAGUCAUACAUUCCUCCAGUUUCCGUUGCACCACCUAUCGCACCACCCAAUGGUAUGUCAUCGAGGUCAUCUUCACCUACGAGAAGUGCACCAGGAUCUAGAGGAACGAGGAGCUACAGAUCUAAAUCUCCUGUUCGUCGGUCAGCUUCUCCAGUAAAAUCACAACCAUUCAAUUUCCAACCCCAGGAAUUGAUGAUUCAUAAUAACGGCUCCAACCUGUCUUUACAAGUAAAGAGUUCCUACAGAAGAGGUCACAAAUACAAACACUCAUCGGUGUCUAUGAAUCUUUUCCAAGAACCUCCAACUGCUUUGAACAGCACUGAACAACUAAGCAUUCCUGAUCUGUAUCCGAUUCCAAAACUUUCUGACUUGUUGUCAUCAUUGAACUCAAAGCAGAAAAUGAAGUUAUCUUGGUCAUUCUUUCACUUAUCGUGGUCUCUUAUAGUUUUUUUGACUGGCUUUCGAUUUAAAUUAACGUCAUUGUCUACGUUUGCUCAUCUUAUAUUUUAUGAUGCUAUGGGUGCUCUCGUUAUUGUUCUUGUUGAUAUAAUGUCAAACUUUGAAGUCUGGAAUCAUUCAUCCAUAAGUUUUCCCUUUGGAUUAGGCAGAUUGCAGGUCUUAGUAGGCUUUGCUUUAAGUGUGUCACUAGUGAUGGUUGGAAGUGACUUGAUUAGUCACUUUUUUGAGGAGUUUAUUAUUCUUAUGGUGGUAAAAGAUACCGAAAAUCCACAUGAUGGUGAACAACAUGUAUCUCAUCAUGUGCACCCAGAGCACGGUAAUAGCACAAAUUGGACAGUAUACCAGACGGUUUUGUUGACGUCAAUAGUAAUUUCUUACGUUACAUCAAAGUUUAUCUUGGCGAGCCAGAGAAUUAACGAUAUGAUCUCAUCAGCAGAAGGAUCCAGUAUUCCAAAGACUCUGAGGUCUAAGGAAACAAAAGCAAAAUUUGGGCUUUUGGACGAAACUUUAAACAAGCAGGUUGAAAAAGUGGGAACAUUUAAAGAAAUAGCAGCAGUACUCACAAAGAAUCCUACCUAUUUAAUCACAUUCUGCUACACUCUAUUUUUGAUUGUUUUACCAAUAUUCCCAGACGACCUAUUCAAAAAUUUUCCAAUCGAGGUCAAUGAGUUGACCUCUUUAGUAGUUGCGCUCUUGCUCUGUCACACGGGAUGGAUAUUAACGAAGACAUUGGGGGGUGUAUUACUACUUUCAUAUCCUUACUCAGAUUACGAUUAUCACGUUUUAAAAUCUUCCAUCACAGAUAAGAUCUUACAUUUGGAAUCAUUCAAGCUGACAUAUCUGAUAGAAAAAUUUUUUGCUACACAGUUCAAUUACGAAUUAUAUGUUGUUGGUGUUAAGAUUGCGAUGAAAGGUGGAAGUGAUGACGAUGAGUCAAGAAUCAAGUUUGAAAUCAAUAGAAUAAUCAAUAAUUCUAUCAAAGAAGUAGAAAGUGGUGGAAUUAAUAGUAAGAUUGACAUUACUAUUGACAUAGACAGGUAA